UCCAUAUCAACCACUUGAGUUCUGUGGUAGGGACACUCACGCGUUCCUUGUGGGCACUCGUGCAUUACAUUGUAACUACAUUUUUACAGUGAACAUUAAGACCUCCCGAGAGAAGCAUCUUGUCUGUGCGCAUCUCGUGUGUCACAGAAACCUUCAAACCAUGUCAACAGUAUUUUCUUUUCAGACGCAACUCGUCUCCAUCAUGGACGCAUUAUCCAAAACAGCCGUAAUGGAAAUAAGCAAACUGGUGGAGAUCGAGUCGAAGAUGCUGAAAAUAGAGAUAACUCGAGGGCGGAACGAAAUCGCCUCGCUCACAGAGAAACUGCAGCUGAUGGAGAAAUUGCUUUAUAUCGCACAGGGGGGCAGACAGGACGCCGCGGCAGCAGCAUGCUCAGUGGUAAGGGACGGCUCAGCAAACAGAAUAUUGGAGCCUGACAGGACAAGACCUGCCAUAAAGAGUGAGAGCCCAUGGGAAAGCAUAAGUUCCUCCACUGAGAUGAGCAGUUUGCAUCAAGGCGAAGAGCAAACUGCGGCUGAACUUCCAAACCCACCGAAAGAGCAGCCUGAUCUAAUUGUUGUAAAGGAAGAGCCGUCAGAGGUGGACACCGGAGACAAUGAACAAGAUAGGACAAGUGAAAACAGAAGAGAAGCCGUCACAGAAACUCAAAAGAGUCCAGAUGUGAUGCAGCAUCCCAAAUCCAUCCCAGAACAUCAGCAGCCCAUGUUCACUGAUAGCUUUGUGACCUUGAGUGCCCAGUCGUCUCUCCCUGGAGCAGGGAGGACCAGGGAAACACAGUGGAAUCCACAGCUUGCACCUGUGCACACAAAUCUAGAGGCUGGGAAAAGCAUUGUGCAAAAUAUUGCCUCCCAAAGCUUAAGUGUGCUCAGAAACAUGAAGAUUCACAACAUGAGGAACUCAGCUGCAAAGAGGUUUGGGUGCUUGCAGUGCGGCAAGAGCUUCAGAUGCUUUAGUCAGCUUGAAAUACACCAGAGGAGUCACACAGGAGAGAAACCCUUCAGGUGCACGCUGUGUGGAAAGAGAUAUGCUCAAAAGGGGCAUCUGUAUACACACCAGCGCACACACACUGGGGAGAAGCCGUAUCGCUGUCCUAUUUGUGGAAAGGGCUUUAUUCAGAAAUGUACUCUUGAUAUGCAUCAGCGUACACACACCGGAGAAAAGCCUUUUGUUUGUAUCAAAUGUGGCAAGGGUUUUACAAAGAACUGUAAUCUGAAAAAACACCUUGCAGUACAUUUAGAUCCCAGUUUGAACAUGUAUGGUAGUGAAUCUGGUGCACCAACGUUUAGUGCAACAUUAAUUAAUGGCACCACUUAAAACAGUCCACCAAAUGUACUUCUCCACUUGUUUGAUUUAAAUGAGUAAAUAAUAAUCAAUAAAGUUAUCUUUGCUCCAGAUUUUUGAGUAACAGACAAUAGUGCAUCACCUUCUUUGAUGUGAUAAAAAUGUGUCAGUACAUGUUUUCUUCUGCUUUCCUUUCAUGUAUCAUUUUCAACUAAUCCCCUCUCAA